AUGGAGCAACAACCGCACAGGGCCCAUCGGGUCACGAAAGAAAAGAAGAAAUAUGAUGGACCGAACCCGAAGGCUUUCGCAUUCUCGAAUCCCGGUAAAGGGAAUAAAGCUGGCGCGAGAUCUCAUGAUAUUAAAGAAAAAAGACUCCAUGUCCCUUUGGUUGAUCGUCUGCCUGAAGAGGCUCCCCCGCUUGUUGUCGCUGUGGUUGGACCGUCCGGUGUUGGCAAGACGACCCUUAUCAAGUCCUUAAUUCGGCGAUACACCAAGCAGACACUUAGCACACCCAAUGGACCCUUGACCGUGGUGACAUCCAAGCGCCGCCGUCUCACUAUCCUAGAAUGUCCUUCCGACUCGCUUGCAAGCAUGAUCGAUGUUGCCAAGAUCGCGGAUAUUGUUCUCCUGAUGAUUGACGGGAAUUACGGUUUUGAGAUGGAGACGAUGGAGUUUUUGAACGCCCUAUCUACAAGUGGUAUGCCCGGAAAUGUUUUCGGUAUCCUUACGCAUCUGGAUCUUUUCAAGAAGCAAAGCACCCUACGGGCCGCCAAGAAGCGCUUGAAGAACCGGUUCUGGAGCGAAUUGUACAACGGCGCGAAGCUAUUCUACCUUUCCGGUGUCAUCAAUGGUCGCUACCCCGACCGUGAAGUGCAUAACCUCUCCCGUUUCCUUUCCAUCAUGAAGAACCCUCGGCCUCUCGUAUGGCGCAACUCGCACCCUUACGCCCUUGCAGACCGCUUUCUGGACAUCACCCCUCCGACACAAAUCGAAGAGGACCCGAAAUGUGACCGGACUAUCGCGCUGUACGGUUAUCUGAGAGGAACAAACUUCCCUGCUCAAGGCGCACGCGUUCACGUUCCUGGAGUCGGUGACUUAACGGUUUCUGGGAUUGAAUCUCUACCCGACCCUUGCCCGACUCCGUAUAUGGACCAGCAGAUACAGAAGUCCACUGGAAAGGCAAGUAGGCGCAGAUUAGGUGAAAAGCAAAAGCUACUUUUUGCACCCAUGUCCGACGUUGGAGGUGUUUUGGUCGACAAAGAUGCUGUCUACAUCGAUGUGAAGACCUCCAAUUUCAACGAGGAAGAUGAAGAGAGAGAUCCAGACCGGGGCCUAGGUGAGCAACUUGUGGUUGGCUUGCAAGGCGAGCGGAAACUCCUUGGCGAAGCAGAUAGCGGUGUCCGCCUGUUCCGUGGCGGAGAGAGCAUCACGAAGGUUGAUGACGAAGAUCCCGGUACCGGAAGGAAACACAAGCGUCAAGUGCGGUUUGCCGGCGAUGACAAACAGGACGCAUCCGAAGAAGAUGAGGGCUUCGAAAGCGCAGAGGAUGAGGAAGACAAUGAGCCAGAUCAGGAUGAUAUGGAAGAUGGCAGCGAUGACGAAGGCGAAGGCGAUUUGGACGUUUCGGCGCCUGCAGACUUUGGAGAACGCUUCAGAGAACGGCAAAACGGAAAUGCACCCCGUCAGGAAUCUGAUGUUGCGUUUGCAGAUAGUGACUCGGAUCUUGGCUCUAUAUCUUCUGUGGAAGACCAGGUUCUUGAUAGCGACGAGGAAGACGAAGAUGAGGAUGAGGAUGUCGACGAGGAAGACGAUGGAACCGUCCGUUGGAAGGAUAACAUGCUUGCCAACGCUAAAUCACUUCAUUCCAAGCGCCCACGUUACCGCAUCACGGAUCUCUCGCGCAUCAUGUAUGACGAAUCGAUAACACCGGCUGAUGUCAUUCGACGGUGGCGCGGCGAGGAAGGUGAUGACGAGGGACUGGAAAAUGAAGAUGAUGAGGAUACCUUCUUCAAGAAAACAAACGUUGAAGAGGAAGAGCAGGCAGAAUACCGUGCUGUUCCGGAGUAUGACUACGACGAACUGGAGCGGAAAUGGCGAGACGAAGAAUUGAUCGAGUCGCUGCGCAAACGCUUCGUGACCGCUAAAUUGUCUGGUGACGGCGAGGAUGAUGAAGAUGAGGAUCUUGAAGAUGCCUUUGACGAGGACGAUGAGGGGGAUGGUGAUUUUGAGGACCUAGAAACGGGGGAAGUGUUCAAUGGAAUUGAAGACGACGAAAAAGACGACGGUGAGGACGGCGAAGAAGACAAUGGCCCCGAAGACCUGGAAGCGGAGCGCGCCCGAAACGCUCAGAAGAAAGAAGACUUGAGGCUUAGAUUCGAAGAGGAAGAUCGCGAAGGUUUCGCGAACUCGAAAGAUAAUUCGCGGCAAGACGGUGCUGAAGCCGAGGAGGAAUUCGGAGAGGAUGAAUGGUACGACGCGCAAAAGGCAAAAAUGCAAAAGCAGACCGACAUCAACCGCGCCGAGUUUGAAUCCUUAGACCCUAACUCCAGAGUCAGAGCAGAAGGCUUCAAGGCAGGAACAUAUGCGCGUAUCGUGCUUGAAAAGGUGCCUUGUGAAUUCGCUACCAAGUUCGAUCCCCGAUACCCCGUCAUUGUUGGCGGUCUGGCACCGACCGAGGACCGCUUCGGAUAUGUUCAGAUUCGUAUCAAGAGACACCGCUGGCACAAGAAGAUUUUAAAGAGCGGCGACCCGCUUAUUUUCUCUCUUGGCUGGCGCCGCUUUCAAACCCUCCCUAUAUACAGUACAUCGGACAGUCGGACCCGUAACCGAAUGUUGAAGUACUCUCCAGAGCACAUGCACUGCUUUGCUACAUUCUACGGGCCACUCGUUGCCCCCAAUACUGGUUUCUGCUGUGUGCAGUCUUUUUCAAAUAAGAACCCCGGCUUCCGGAUUGCUGCCACCGGAGUAGUGAUGAGCGUGGACGAGCACACAGAAAUCGUGAAGAAGCUCAAGCUAACUGGCGUGGCUUACAAGAUCUUCAAGAACACAGCCUUCAUCAAGGACAUGUUCAACUCGUCUCUUGAAAUUGCAAAAUUCGAAGGCGCAGCCAUUCGAACUGUAUCUGGAAUCAGGGGUCAAAUCAAGCGAGCCUUGAGCAAACCCGACGGAUGUUUCCGUGCAACCUUCGAAGACAAGAUUCUCAUGAGUGACAUUAUCUUCUUGCGCGCAUGGUAUCCCAUCAAGCCUCAUCGCUUUUACAACCCGGUGACCAACCUAUUGGACUUGGAAGAGAAUGGAGAAUCCGGUGACAACGGAUGGCAGGGCAUGCGACUGACGGGUGAGGUCCGACGCGAAAAGGGUAUUCCGACGCCCUUGAACAAGGACUCCAAAUACCGCCAGGUCGAGCGACCCGAGCGCCACUUCAAUCCUCUCCGCGUCCCGCGGCAGCUGGCUGCAGAUCUUCCAUUCAAGUCCCAGAUCACGCGAAUGCGCCCGCAGAAGAACAAGACUUAUCUGCAGAAGCGUGCGGUUGUUCUAGGCGGCGAGGAGAAGAAGGCCAGGGAUCUGAUGCAGAAGCUCAACACCUUGCGAAAUGAGAAGCAGGCCAAGCGUUCUGCGAAGCAGGAGGAACGCAGAAAGGUGUACCGUGCCAAGGUUGCAGAGGGUCUAGAGAAGAAGGCAGAGAGGGAAAAGAGGGAGCGCGACGAUUACUGGCGGAGAGAGGGCAAGAAGCGAAAGAAUGAUGAUGAGGGAGGUGGCGGAGGUAAGAAGCGCAGGUAA